UCGGCCCGGCAACACGCAGUACGCGAACACCACAGACGAAAAAUUUACAGAUACAUAACAGAGAACUUCUCUUCCGAUAGGAAUCGACAUCCUAAUAGCAUAUACUCAAAUAAAUAAGUGUGUGCAUCCUGUUGACAAAACGAUAACCAGGAUAAAACUAAAUAAACUCUUGUGCUUUGUGUUAAAGUCCCAGGAUUAUGGUGAUCUCUUUUGGAUUAUAGUGUCUUUAGCGAUAGUGCACGAUGCCUAAGGUUUUUCUCAUCAAGGAGCGGCUCCUUCAGCAGCAGCUUAGGCUGUUGGAGUCCCAAAACGCUGCAGCCACCAAGAACGAACUACUUGGUGACUCGUCGUCUGCCCAACCGCUGUCCCUCAUAGUCCAGAAAAAAGAUGAAAAAUCGGAGCACCGGGAAAGAGCAACGAGCAGCCCGCAGCUGGAGGAAUCCGCCAAGAAGGAGUCUGUCCCGCCUAGAAGAUUCAUCUCAUCCAUUUUAGGAGGUGAUGUUCCCUAUGGAAGCAGAGGCCACGUCCUCACCAGAGCAGAGAGAAAAGAAUACGCACCGAUCGUACCACCGGACAAGCAGAGUCUUCCCGUCACCCAGAAACCCCCAGAGAAUGUUCCUACAGCUCCACAAAACUUAGCGCCUGUACGUUGCUCGGUCAUUCAAAGAACUCCAAAACCUACUUCGAAAAGGGAGGAAGACGCCGACGUGCGGCUCCCUUCGGUUCCCGUCGUCCAGGAACCCGAACAAGAACAACCUAUAGAUUAUCACAUACCUAAGCGUCGGGGAGAAACAGAAGAUGAGAACGAGGAACGCAGAGAUAGGGAACAGAGGCGCAGCAACUGCCACAAAAUAUCGAAACCUUUAAUCUCAGGCAGAGCUAUCGUUGGCAAACUACCAACAACAAUAUCGGCAGCUGCUGGACAUGGAAGAGGCUCGAGCGGUGCGCAAGGAAAUACAAACCAAACAACCAGCAACACCUCAUCUUCGGGUGGAUCUAUUAAUUUCACCUCAUCUUCUGGAGGAGGUGCAGGUGGAGCGUUGGGAGGCGGCACCGGUGGCGGUGGAAUGAAUCCCGGAAGAGAUGGUCGACAAAAUUACGGACCAAGUAGUCCUCCGACAGGCAGUCUUCCACCGUUUUACGAAUCCCUGAAAGGCGGCAACAACAACAACAAUUAUAACGCCAACAGUAAUUUCGGUUACAACAUUAUAAAUGGUCACCAGAACAUGGAUACUGGUCAAGAAAUCAAUCUUAACCUGAAUGGAAACCAAAGUCCUCCAAAGCAAUACUCUACUCUACAAAACGCCUCAUACGGCUUGGUUAUGAAAGACGAAGUCGAUCUUGAUAUUUACGAAACCAAAAUUGACCCUAUGGGAAAUUUACUUCCAAACUCGUAUUCCGGCUACGAUGAGAGUAUGAUGGUCGAUAUGGUAACCGGAGCCGUCGUGGAUCCGAUGCAAUUUACCGCGACGCUUACGUUCUCCAGCUCCGCAGAGCACGCUUUAUUGGAAAGCCUAUCAGAUGCUGCAGACCUCAGCACGUUCCUUCAACGACUUCCUAGUGAUGAGAACGAAAAGGGAAUAUUACAUUCCCCAUCCAUCACUCCCGACAGCUCACAAAUUCAGAACGUCGAUAAUAUGGAUCAAUUUUCCGAUCACCUACUCAAUCGCUCGUACACAAACAAUGAACGCUUCAACCAGCACAACCAAUUUCCAAAAAUGUACCAAGAUAACCUCCCAUCCUAUCCAGUCAACAAUGACAGUAUGGUGCAGAUGCAGCAACAGCAGCAAAUGUUAUCCCCCAGUCUGUCCUUCAACGGAAGCGGUUUGGACCUGGACUCUCCGACCACGAUGUCAUUGCCGUCCCCAGGCGCUGCAAGCUGCUCCCUCGACGGCGGUUCCCACAAUGACAACGGCAGUUUGAGUCCUCCAGCUAAUGUGAGUGCUCGUAGGAAUUCAUCAAGCAAUGAUUCGCCCGGGCGAGUUAAUGUUAUGCAACGAAGGCUGGGCUUGUCAUCGGAUGUCCAAUUGGAAUUUGUAAAUGGCGGUCAUGGUAUUAAAAAUCCGUUGGCUAGUCAGGAUACAAUAAGGACAACUUCGAGGACGGAAGAGAAACCAAAAGUUGCAUCUAUCACGACAGAGGAUGGACAAUCACAUUUUUGCUGUCGCAUUUGCAACAAAACCUUUGCCUUGCAACGUCUGCUCAAUCGUCAUAUGAAAUGCCAUUCGGACGUUAAGCGCUAUUUAUGCACGUUUUGCGGAAAGGGAUUCAACGACACUUUCGAUCUUAAGAGGCACACCAGAACGCACACAGGUGUGAGACCUUACAAAUGCAGUCUUUGCGAGAAGUCCUUCACACAGAGAUGUUCCUUGGAAUCUCACUGUCUAAAAGUGCACGGUGUACAGCACCAAUACGCAUAUAAAGAAAGACGAACCAAAGUCUAUGUUUGCGAAGAGUGUGGCCACACCACGAGCGAACCAGAGGUCCACUACAUCCAUCUCAAAGAGAAGCACCCUUACAGUCCAGCCCUGCUCAAAUUCUACGACAAAAGACACUUUAAGUUCACUAACUCUAAUUUCGCUAACAUGCUUCUCCAAGUACGUACCUAAAUAUUUUAUUAUUAUUAUUUGCACAUUACUAAACAUUGACAAACAAAAACAUAUUCUUAUCGGUGUCUCUAUUUCCAGUGAUACGAAGAGUCAUUGGAAGGCAGACACGAACCGCUCAGGACUGGAUCUGCACAGAUCCGGCCCUGGCAUUAUUAUUUAUUUAUUAUAACCGUCCUAGUGACUAAUUAUUAAUAUUUAAUUAAUGAUAAUUGGAAAUCGAACACUCACUCAAACAUUGUCGGUAUCUCUCUUAUUCCAGGGCUUGAACAGUUGAAAGUUGAGAAAGAGAACGCGACUUUUGAAUCUUCGAGCGGAAGAGCGACAAAAUAUUAUUAAUCUGUUUUUUUUAUUUUUAUUUUAUUAUUUUUUUUUUUACUUCUGUGAUAAUUUUUUUGUUAUUUAAUGAUUGAGAAUCUCUGUAGGGCAAGUUGAGACUCUUCGACAAGCCAACUCUUUUUUAUAUGUAUAUUACUUUAAGGUACUGUAACUGAUGCAAUGAACAACUGGGCUGAAAUAGUUUUACAUAUUUUAACACUCAAUUUUUUUUAGUAAUAACAAUUUGUGCGUUUCACGUGUCUAUUUUUUUUUGUCUCUAUUCAACAGCAGCAACUUCCGCGAAAGAAAGAAGAAGAAGAA